GCAUCGCUUGUGUUAUUCUGCUCUGAGAAGCUGAAACACAGUCGCUUUAUCGCGUUACCGCUUCAAAUAACACAGCUGGACUUUUUAUUAAUGAAAUUAGUUGAUCGCUAAAUCCUGGCCCCUGAACUAACCUGAGGCUUUAAACAAAAUCCGUGAUAUUAUAGUAGUUCGCAUCUCUAGCUACAGGUCUGCAGUCAUGACGCUACGUUGCUAACUGAGAAAUAACAUCCAACCAAGAAAGGAAAACGGCAUGUUUUACUUUCUUGAACUGAUAAACUGAGUUCACUUGUAUGUCUGCUGAAAUAUAAAUGUGUCUGACUACUUAAACUGUCACACAUUUUGUUGGCGUGGACAUUAGCCUGGUUAGCUUUGUGCGGGCGCUUGUGUUGCACACAUGCAACUGCGUUUUCUAUAGAAACUGUCAUAUUUCAGUAUAGUAGUGGAUAACUCAUUUGUUAACGUAUAUGCUUGAGUACUUUAAAACUGAAGCGGACUGACAGGUCUUUGCCCAUCCCCGGUCUUUACUUCGUAACUUUCAGGCGUGAAUCUCAUGUAUGAACGUGAGAUACAUGCGAGUGAAAUGCAGUGGUGGUGAGGAAGAGAUCAAUGCCGUGUGUGCUGGAGGAUGAUCAACAUCAUUAACAGAAGAAUAAUGAAGAUCCUGAUCGCCCUCGCUCUCAUUGCUUACAUCGCCUCUGUCUGGGGAUCCUACGCAAAUAUGAGGUCUAUACAAGAACACGGAGAAAUGAAGGUUAAGCAGAAGAUAGAUGAGGCAGUGGCACCUCUCAGGGAGAAAUUACAGGAGCUUGAGCUAAGUUUUACCCAGAAGUAUCCACCUGUGAAAUUCUUGUCAGAGAAGGAUCGAAAGAGGAUUUUGAUCACCGGUGGGGCAGGCUUUGUGGGCUCUCACCUCACUGAUAAGCUGAUGAUGGAUGGUCAUGAGUUGACGGUGGUGGAUAAUUUCUUCACUGGCCGGAAGCGCAAUGUAGAGCACUGGAUUGGUCAUGAGAACUUUGAGCUGAUCAACCAUGAUGUGGUGGAGCCUCUCUAUAUCGAAGUUGACCAGAUAUAUCAUUUGGCCUCCCCUGCAUCGCCACCCAACUACAUGUACAACCCUAUCAAGACACUGAAAACAAAUACCAUUGGGACUCUCAACAUGCUGGGUUUAGCCAAGCGAGUCGGAGCUCGACUGCUCCUUGCCUCCACUUCAGAAGUAUAUGGAGACCCAGAGGUGCACCCCCAGAAUGAGGAGUACUGGGGCCAUGUAAACCCCAUUGGUCCACGGGCCUGUUAUGAUGAAGGAAAGCGUGUUGCUGAGACCAUGUGUUACGCCUACAUGAAACAGGAGGGAGUGGAGGUGAGGGUGGCUCGGAUCUUCAACACCUUUGGGUCUCGCAUGCACAUGAACGAUGGGCGAGUGGUCAGUAAUUUCAUUCUGCAGGCUUUACAGGGAGAGCCACUGACGGUUUACGGUUCAGGGUCUCAGACAAGAGCUUUCCAGUAUGUGAGUGAUCUGGUGAAUGGUCUGGUGUCCCUGAUGAAUAGUAACAUCAGUAGUCCAGUCAACCUGGGAAAUCCAGAGGAGCACACCAUAUUGGAAUUUGCUCAACUUAUUAAGAGUUUAGUAGUGAGUCGCAGUCAUAUUCAGUUCCUUCCAGAAGCACAAGAUGAUCCACAAAGACGACGGCCAGACAUCCGUAAGGCCAAAAUGCUUUUGGGCUGGGAGCCUGUGGUGCCACUGGAAGAAGGCUUGAACAAAACCAUUCAGUACUUCAGUAGAGAGCUGGAGCAUCAAGCCAACAAUCAGUAUAUUCCCAAACCCAAAGCUGCACGGAUGAAAAAAGGGAGGCCCAGACACAACUGAAGAAUUGUGUUUAUCUCAGGGAUGCUGUGAAGGACCUUAGAUAUCCAGCAGCCAUUUCACAGAGUGGGUAUGCCAUCCCCCACUUAAAAAUCUUUUUGGAAAAAAAGUUUUUAUUUUUAUCUGCAGUGCUUUGAAGAGUUUGUUUUUCAGCCAAACGUUCCUCAAAGAGAUCCAAUUUACAGACUUUGCCUUGCACUUUUUGAUUUGUCUGUUGUCUGUUUAUUUAAAAGCAAGCUUCAAUCUUCAUGUGCAUUUUUUGCUGUGUGUUUACAUUCUGUGCCAUUUUAAUUAAUGUGAUAUAUAUUUAUAUCAUUGUCAAAGCUUUUAUUUUUAGUGCACAGCUCUUCCAAUGUUAAAAUGUAUAAUCGAAAUUGGUGGUUGCAAUUUAUUUCAAGAUCUUGAAUGUUUGAUCCAGAGCAGGAAAUCUCCCCCAGCUCUGCCACGAAAGAUUUGAGGACACCGAUGAAGAAAAUACUUUGGUUUUUAAUUUUUGCGGUGAUUUUGAAAAGAUGUUGUUACCCUUGUGAAUCUUCAUACAGAACUUUGAACCUAUAAUUGAUUUCAGGUGAAAAAUAAUAUUUUAAUAAAAUAUUUGCUGUGAUUUUCACUGUAUUCUCUUUUUAAUGUUACUUUAUCUGCCUUUCCGCUCGAUGGUGGCAUCCCUAUUCCCCAUUUAUAUUGCUUUUAUCUCUUGUCUGCAGUGUUUUCCUUUAGCUUUUUCUGUCCCUCCUUCCUUAUCUACCUUCAUCACUGAGAGUGGUGCAUGUGUUAUUUUAUGCUGCAAAACCACAUGGUGGCUAUGCAGACUUAGACAGCCAUGUGAGGUUUGAUGGAAAAAGUGUAGUCAAUGAAAGCAGAAGAAAGAAGAAAAAAAAAAAAGCAGUGAAAGUGAAUGGUGACAGAGGCAAACAUUGUAACAUCUGCCAUUCAUUAGUAUUGAUAAACUUCACUUUUUGCAUUCCAUAGAAGGAAGAAAUUCAUGUAUAAUAUAGACAAGUUGAAGGAGUAGUUCCCUCCGACAAUUCUGUCAUUUUAUCCUGCCCUCAUGUCAUUUGAAGUCUUUAUAACUUUCAUAGAACACAAAAGGUGACAUUUUGAAUACUCUUAACAGUGCCAUAUUUAAUUUGAGAGCUACAGCGGGGGGCAACAUUUUCAGUGAAUAACGACUUGCGUAUGAAGCCUGUUCAUCACACAAAGUGUAUGCCUUCAGAAGACUUGUAAUAUAUCCCAUACUGAGUCAUACAGUUGUAGGACUACAUUUGAUAUUUUUAUUGUGCUUUUUUGCCAUUUUAGAGCUUUAUUGCACUCGUGCCCAUUCACUUUCAUUAAAUGGAAAAUAGUGGCCACGGUAUUCUACA